AUGGAAUACGUCAAUCUCGGCCGCUCCGGCCUAAAAAUCUCCAAAAUCGUCCUCGGAUGCAUGUCCUACGGCACGCCCGAAUGGCAACAAUGGGUUCUCAGCGAGGAACAAGCGCUGCCGCUGAUUGAGUAUGCGUAUAGCAAGGGGAUCAACACAUGGGACACUGCCGACAUAUACUCCCACGGCAUAUCCGAACAAAUCCUCGGCAAAGCACUCACCACCUACAACAUCCCACGCAACCGCGUAGUAAUCAUGACCAAAUGCUUCGUCGGCGUGAGCGACGAGCACGACCGCGACCGCAGCGGUGCCACAACACAAACCAGCAUUGCUGCCAGCAGAACCAAUGAUGGUCCCUGGGUAAACCGUGUGGGCCUAUCACGCAAACACAUUUUUGACGCCGUAGACGACAGCGUGCGGCGGCUGGGUACGUAUAUCGAUGUUUUGCAGAUCCAUCGUCUAGACCGCGAAACCCCGCGCGAGGAGAUUAUGCGUGCGUUGAAUGAUGUGGUUGAGAGUGGGAAAGUGCGGUAUAUUGGCGCGAGUUCGAUGGCCGCGUGGGAAUUCCAAGCACUGCAAAACAUUGCUAUUCGUCGUGGCUGGCACACUUUCAUCUCCAUGCAAAACUACCACAAUCUGCUGGCGCGCGAAGAAGAGCGCGAAAUGGUGCCGUACUGUCAGGAUGCUGGCAUCGGACUAAUACCCUGGUCGCCGAUUGCGCGGGGCGUGCUGGCGCGGCCGUGGGAUGCGCGGGGGACGAGUGUUCGGGAUAGUACGGAUAGUGCUGUGGGCACUCUGGUGCGAAGCCGAGAGACAGAGUCUGAUAAAGCUGUUGUGGACCGGGUUGAGGAGCUGGCAACCCGUAAAAAUGUGUCCAUGGCGCAGGUUGCCACGGCGUGGUCGCUCAGUCAUCAGGGGAUGAAUCCGAUUUUGGGGUUGAAUACCAAGGAGCGCAUCGACGAGGCGGUGGCUAGUAUUGCUGUCAAGUUGACUGAAGACGAGAUCAAGUACCUGGAAGAGCCGUAUCAGCCGAGGGCAAUUUCUGAUGCUCAUGAACGGUGA